CUCUCGACCGGGCACAUGUGCGCAUGCUCCAGGCGCCCAGGAAGUUGUUCCCCCCUCCCCCUUUUCGCCGGUGUUUCCUCGUGCGACGUGAACCUGAGGACAUCAUGUUAUGAAGAAAUGGGGGGUUUGGUGAUUCGCGGGAUGAGAAAUUUCAACGUAGAAAACAGAGCGGAGCGGGAAAUCAGCAAGAUGAAGCCCUCUCCCGCUCCCAGGCACCCUUCUACCAAUAGCCUCCUGCAAACGCAGAUGGGUGUCAAUCCAGAAAUUAAGGGAGAGAUUGCUCGUAAAGAUGACAAACUACUGUCGUUUCUAAAAGAUGUGUAUGUUGAUUCCAAAGAUCCUGUGUCUUCCGUGCAGGUAAAAGCUGCUGAAACACAUCAAGAGCCAGAGGAAUUCAGAUUGCCAAAAGGCCAACACUUUGAUGUAAUAAAUAUUAAGAGCAUUCCCAAAGGCAAAAUUUCUAUUGUGGAAGCAUUGACACUUCUCAAUAAUCAUAAACGUUAUCCAGAAACAUGGACUGCUGAGAAAAUAGCACAAGAGUACCUUUUAGAACAGAAAGAUGUGAAUUCCCUUCUUAAAUAUUUUGUUACUUUUGAAGUCAAAGUCUUCUCUCCUGAAGACAAGAAAGCGAUAGAACCAAAAUGAAGAAAAUCACAAAAAUUUGCUAUGUGUACUCCUCAUCUUUCAUCCUGUAUAUUUUCUCAUUUUUUGCAUAUUAUGUUAAUUACCAAGUGUUUCAUGCUCUUAUUGUGAGAACAUACUCUUAAUGUUUAUUGAGUUCCCUGACUUUUCAAGAUUGCCAUAGCAUGUAUUUUGUUUUCUUUUAAUUUUGUUUAGGAAUAUUUCAUGUGUACAUGUCAGCAUGACUAUCGGCACAUCUGUACCUUUAUUAUAAGUAAAAGAAUUAAUGUGUUGUUUUAGGCACAUCAUGCCAACUUUUAAAUUGGUCAUACGACCCCUUGGGAAAUGUCCUGAAUCCCUCAUUUAAGUUUUACUUUCCAUGUUAAGUGUUUAGUUCAUUCUUCAUAUGUGAUAGUGAAAAUAAAAGCUUUCCUGACUCUUAAA